AUGGAUUGCUCUCACCCUUUCAAGAUGAAACGACGACUCCGUUGGCAGCGGGGUCAAGCCACCCUCGCCUCUCGAUGCAACUCUGACAGGUGGGAUGCUUGGGUACUUACUCCAGCCGAGGUGCAACAACACGACACCGUCCAGUCCCCCGAAUACGUCACAAGCAUCCAACCCCUCUCGCAGCAUCUGUUCCCCGCACCAGGCCGGGUUCGACUGUACGCCCCCUCGGGCAUCAUAUCUAUAUGGAAACGGGGACGCUUCUCACGCCAGACCCUCGACUCGGUCAGGCUUCAGCGAUUUCCCCCGGACACCAAGACAGGCCAUCGCCUCCUUUAG